AUGUUUACCACACUGAAAAUAAGCCCCUUUUUGAAAAGGGUAUCAUCAUCGAUUUUCUCCAGUUGUCUCCUUUUCCCAAAUGCACGCAAACAGAUCAGACAAGCACUGACUACGGAUUUCAUUUCAUCUUUUAACAGUGAGGGUAGGAGGACAUCCGGACCAGGAGACUGGUGGCGCUUUAGAGAAGAUAUGCAGUCAUAUACCUCCAAGGCUGUAGUUUCCACGUUCACCGUCCAAGGUUCUACGAUGCCCGUUCUUUUCUGUCCAUUAUGCCACUCGCUGUUGAUGGUUGAGGAGUCAGCUAAUUGUUACUCCUUGAAUUGUUCUACACCGUGUUGUUCCUACCAGUGGUUUGUAACUCAACCGCUUGUGCAGGAGCAUAAACCUCGUCAAGAUAUUCGAUUACGCUUGGAGGAAGAUGCUGUCUUUUCCAUAGACGACCAAUAUAGUUCUUCAGCGCAGAUCGAAGAAAAAUGUCCCAAGUGUGGCCAUAAUCGCGCCUAUUUUGUUCAAAUGCAAACACGGUCUGCGGACGAGCCAAGUACCACAAAAUAUUCUUGCAUGAAAUGCCGUCAUAUUUGGACAGAAAAUUGA